UACAAACCCGCCGGCCGCCACGUGCAAAAUCCAAAUGGCUCCUUCCGUCCCUUUCUGGCCACUUCCACUUCUUCUCUUCGUCCCAUUACUUUUUAUCUGGAAAAGAAAACUUCACGAUAAGAGACGACGGAGCAAGAACCUGCCACCAGGCCCUCCAAGACUUCCAUUCAUAGGUAACUUGCAUCAACUCGGAGCAAUUCCUCAUUACUCUCUAUGGCAACUCUCCAAGAAAUAUGGUCCCGUGAUGUUUCUCAAGCUUGGUCGUGUCCCAUCAGUUGUCAUCUCCUCUGCAGAAGCAGCCAAGGAAGUUUUGAAAACCCAUGAUCUUUACACUUGCAGUAGACCUUUCUCGGCUAGUACCCAGAAGCUGUCCUAUAACUAUCUUGAUGUAGGCUUCAGUCCCUAUGGAGAUUACUGGAGGAAGAUGAGAAAGAUUUGUGUUCUUGAGCUCUUCAGUGCGAAGAGAGUGCAGUCUUUUCAAUUUGUGAGAGAAGAAGAGGUUGCUUCACUCAUUGACUCCAUCACCAAAUCUGCUUCCACUGCAACUCCUGUUAAUCUCAGUGAGAAGUGUAUGGCUCUGACUGCAAAUAUAACUUGCAGAGCAGCUUUUGGGAGGAGUUUUCAAGAGAGAGGAUUUGCGCAUGAAAGAUUCCAUGAAGUGAUCCGUGAAGGUAUGGCGUUGCUUGGGUGUUUGUCUGCUGCUGAAUUCUUCCCUUAUGUGGGAUGGAUUGUUGACAAAAUCACAAAUCUCCAUGGAAGGCUUGAAAGAACCUUUCAAGAAUUGGAUGGUUUCUAUCGAAAGGUUAUAGAUGAUCAUGUUGAAAAGGGACGGGACGAGUCCGGACAGGAAGAUAUUGUUGAUGUUUUGCUAGAGUUAGAGAGAUCUCCACCCGAUUUUGGUAUUGCUGAUGCUGCCUUUCGAUUCUCCAGGGAUCACAUUAAAGCAAUUCUCAUGAACAUAUUUCUGGGUGGAGUUGACACUGGAGCAAUAACUUUGAUUUGGGCAAUGACAGAGCUCAUUAGACAUCCAACGGUCAUGAGAAAAGCACAAGAAGAAAUAAGAACUUGCAUGGGAGAUAAAACAAAAGUCACUGAAAGUGACAUUGACAAGCUUGGGUACCUAAAGAUGGUAUUGAAGGAAACCUUGAGGCUGCAUCCACUGGGACAAUUAGUAAGAGAAACCAUGUCCAAAUUCAGCAUCAAUGGCUAUGUGAUUGAACCCAAAACCCUAAUCCAAGUGAAUGUGUUUGCAAUUGGAAGGGAUCCAAAGGUGUGGAGGAAUCCAGAAGAGUUCAUUCCAGAGAGGUUCAUAGACAAUCAAUAUGAUUUUAAUGGGCAGAGUUAUGAGUUUUUACCAUUUGGUGCUGGGAGGAGAAGCUGUCCAGGGAUGGCUAUGGGACUGGCUCUGGUGGAGCUUGCACUUGCAAACCUUUUGUUUUGUUUUGAUUGGAAGCUGCCUUGUAAUAUGAAGAAGGAAGAUGUUAACAUGGAUGAGGCUCCUGGUAUUGUCACCGGCAAGAAAGAAGCUUUAUUGCUUUUACCAGUUAAAUAUCCACAUGCAUGUAUGUAAAAUUAGUAUUGCAAUACUGUCUUCAUGGACCAAAGCUUAAAUACAGGGAAAUAAAUUACAAAUAAAUUACUUCUUUUAUGUUGGC